AUGCCGCGAAAUAGAGCUGUAUGAUCGCCCCGCCGGCCUCCCCCCCCCCACCCGGGAAGAAAACGCAUCAGCAUAUCCAAUCGCCAUUUGUCUUCCGACGGGACAUGGGAGGGUCUUACAUUGUACCGUUGUGAGAGAGCCGUGAGAUUGUUCCUCGUGGUCGCGAUUCUUGGGAAGCCGUGCUGGGCAUGGUUCGGGUCGGUCUCGAGUCCUUCCCCGGGGCCGGUGUCCCAUUCGAAGGCAUCCGCCAUCGCGUCUUCGCUUUCGUCGAUGAAUUGCUCGUCAUCUUCCUCGUCCACGUCGGACUCAUCGUCUUCUUCAAACCCCAUGUCGGCUUCAUGGGGCACCUCGGAGACGAAGAUUUUGAGGUCGUCGAGAACAUCGGCGCCGAACUAGCCCAAGCAGCGAGGAGGGUCAGCCAACCGGGCCCACAGAGACGAGAGCGAUGCGUAUCGAGUCGUUGGUUCAAGAUGUCGAAAGCAGAAAAACAACAGCUUGGUCCAUCACCAAAGCUCGGAAUGUUGAGAAUUGACACACUACCAGAGGCAUCCUCGAUGUCUCUCGUGUGAGGCGGCGCAACAGACUUACCCUGCUCUCAGCAGUCUGGACAAAGCAGGUCGGGCUGACAUAGAGUUCGUUGUGGAUUUCACUGCCGGCUGCGGCUCCCGAAUUCAUCGUCAUGUUCCGUUGACCGAUCCGCGGGCGACCAGGAGAGCGCGGGACAUCGUUCGCAGCAAGGCGGCGGCGAGGGCGAUGGGCAGUGGUUCUUGGUGGCGAUCACAAAGGUAUUAAUUAUUAUUUAUCGAUUGGGACCCGAGCGCGGGACCAAGCUAGUACCUAGCUUGAGCUCGCCAGCGUUGGUGCGAGCUACCCUAGGUAAAGGGUGCCUCGUUUUUUAACUAUGAACGUUUGUUGGGCGGUCGGCG